CAGCCUUGAGUAGCGCUUGGCCGUGCUCCUUCUGAGUGCUCCCCAGGAGAGUGACGAUGAUCACAUUCAUGAACAACUCAGACAGUGAGGAGGAGCCCUGCAAUGAAAGAACAUCCCUGAUGUCUGCAGAGAGCCCACCAGUGCCCUCCUACCAGGAUGGCCUGCAAGCCUCAGAAGCAGGGGAAGCGCAGGCACAGAGGAAGAGGCGAACAGGUAGCAGCCGUAACCCUAACCAUAUUGCUGAUGGAGACAUGUCUGGUGUUCCAGUGAGAGAAAGUGCCUUGGAAAAUGAAGAGGAGGAACUGACUCUGAAAUAUGGAGCAAAGCAUGUAAUCAUGCUCUUUGUGCCUGUCACCCUUUGUAUGAUUGUUGUCGUCGCCACCAUAAAGUCAGUGCGCUUCUAUACGGAGAAAAACGGGCAGCUGAUCUACACCCCUUUCAGUGAGGAUACCCCAUCUGUGGGCCAGCGUCUUUUGAACUCGGUGUUGAACACCAUCAUAAUGAUCAGUGUCAUCGUUGUAAUGACCGUGUUCCUAGUUCUGCUCUAUAAAUAUCGCUGCUACAAGUUCAUCCAUGGCUGGCUGAUCCUGUCCUCUUUGAUGCUGCUCUUCCUCUUUACCUACAUAUACCUGGGUGAAGUACUGAAGACAUACAAUGUGGCCAUGGAUUACCCCACUCUCAUCUUAAUAAUCUGGAAUUUUGGAGCUGUUGGAAUGAUUUGCAUACACUGGAAAGGUCCCUUGCAGCUCCAGCAGGCAUAUCUCAUUAUGAUCAGUGCUCUGAUGGCACUGGUUUUCAUUAAAUAUCUACCUGAGUGGUCAGCAUGGGUGAUUCUAGGUGCAAUCUCCAUCUAUGAUCUGAUGGCUGUUCUCUGUCCCAAGGGGCCACUGAGAAUGCUGGUAGAAACUGCACAGGAGAGAAAUGAGCCCAUUUUUCCUGCGUUAAUAUAUUCCUCUGCUAUGAUGUGGACAGUUGGAAUGGCAAAGCCAGACACAGCAGCAAGAGGACCAAGUCAGCAGACAUGGGAUACAGCUGAAGAUGAGAGAGAGAACCACAGGAGCCCUUCACAUGCAGAGUCUCAGGUGUCAGAGAUGAGGAGUCCUGUUCCAACCCACCCCACCACUUCUUCCGAGGAGCUCGAGGAGGAGGAAAGGGGUGUGAAGCUGGGUCUUGGAGACUUCAUAUUUUACAGCGUGCUUGUUGGGAAAGCUGCUGCCACCGCUAGUGGAGACUGGAAUACUACGCUGGCCUGCUUUGUAGCCAUUCUCAUAGGUUUAUGCUUAACUCUUUUAUUACUGGCUGUUUUUAAGAAAGCACUGCCUGCUCUUCCCAUCUCCAUCACCUUUGGCUUGGUCUUUUACUUCUCGACAGACAACCUUGUGCGACCAUUCAUGGACACCCUGGCCUCCCACCAGCUGUAUAUUUAG